AUGGAUUCUCCGAUUAGUGUUGUUCCGACUCCCUAUCAGUUCGAUGUUCUUCAGCAUAAGUAUGGGUUUCUGCCAGAAGACGGCAUGACAUUCCGUGGUGAGAAUGAUAGUUUCAUCAAUCCUCAUGCAGGGAAGAUUGGCAUUUAUGUGAAGCAUUUCGAUGAUGGAUAUCGUAUUCCAAAGUGUGACUUUUUCCGAGAAGUUCUUCAUCAUCAUAAAGUUCAUAUUAAUCAACUGGUGCCAAACAGAGUGAACAAGGUAGUUGCGGUCGAGAUGUUGUGUCGUGCCCAUGGGAUUGCUCCCGAUUUGUGGCCUUCCAGGUCUGCCUUGAUUGAUCCUUGGACUUUGGAUGGAGUUGUGGAGUCUUCCGACAAGAAAAUUGUUGAGGAGGAAGUUAUGGAAGAUAACAAGGAUGGGAUUAUUCCUAUGGUGAAUAAACACAAAGCAGUCUGGCAGAGUGUGAGUGAUGCAGAUGCAAGGGAUCUUGCUCUUGUGUGGCGCUUGCGUCCGCGCCAUUUGGAUGGUGGUAGCUCCAAGAUUGGAACUGUUCAAAAUGAGGUUAUAGAUAUCGUGGAUAACCGGAAUGUGGAGGAGAAUGUUGUUCUUUGA